AUGGUCUUCAAUCUCUGCCUCAUCUUCGUGACGGUCUUCGUUUUGGGGAGUGGAGUGAAUGGCAAGAGCGACAUUGGGUCUUCCCUUCCGCAACACUUUAGGUGGAGCCAAGUGGGUUCGCAGUCCAUCCAGCUAAGUUGGGAUGACCACAAGGUGAACGGCCACACACCAGAUCAAGUUCACCUCUUUGUCAUACCAAGAAGUUCCUCCUUACAAAGAGUUGAAAAACAGGUUGCCUUCAGCGCCAAAACAGUCAUUCUUGAAGGACUGCAUCCCAACACACUGUACUACGUGAUACUGACUGUAAGCGCUGGUGAAGAGGAAGUGCUCAAUCACAUCGGCACAAUCAGAACUAAGAAGUAUGUGUAUAAAAUGACGCCUCUUCCGCAACACUUUCGAUGGAGUAACGUGGGUCCUCAGUCCGUCCGGCUAAGCUGGGAUAAACACACCUUGGACGGAUACACUCCAACUCUAGUGGUUAUGACACUCAAGUCAAGAAAGCCAGAUGAAUUCGUAGUUGAGAAAUUUGGUGAUUUCAAUGUUGGAUCAGUCACUCUCGGCGGGUUGCAACCCGACACAGUGUACGACUGGGAGAUGUCAGUGCUCUGGGGCCAACUUAUAUUGAUGAACCGCCUCGGCGAAAUCAAAACUUCAAAGGCUGGAGCGGGAGGUGUGACCAAAGCAUGA